CGCAACACCGCAGCACCAUGAUGGCUCAUUCUGGCAUUUCCCGCCUCUAUGGUGCUUACCGCGAAGCGGUCCCUGUCUCCGUCGGUGGAGGAUGAUGAGAUAUCGAUGAAACGAUGCUGCCGCCGCGACGUGCAACUCACCGACAAGUUCACGUUACAUCGAGGGUGGCUGCACAACAAGGGGACGACCACAGGUGCCGCCGUCGCAUCAACCGCAGCUUCUGCUUCUACUGCAGGGUUUCCGUGGCAACGAUCGGCGUCAGCAAGGCAGACGCGGUAUGUCACCACUCAAGACCGAAACCUUUACGUCGCUGCCCUAUAUACAUUGACAAGCAAUUUGGGCCUGAUGCAAGACACGAUCCACAUGAGCACGUCACUCCUCGAUCGAUUCCUCAAGAUUCAACCGAUAUCACUGGAAUGGCUUGAAGUCGUCAGCAUUGCGUGCAUUUGGAUCACAGCCAAGUUUAGCGAAACGCACGCUGCACUGUCCAAGCUUCGUGUGAAGGAAACCCUCCAGCAACGGCAAGGCCGAGCAGGCAAGGGCAACUGGACGUGGCACCACGUUCUCGUCCUGGAAUGCCAAAUCUUGAAGCGCCUUGGAUUCCGCAUCAUGCACCAGACGUUGCAUCGGCGAUUUCAACAAGCCAUGUCCGACGGCAAAAUCACGCUCGCUCCAUCGCAACUCGACGACGCGCAAUACUUCCUCGAUCUCAGCUUGAUGGACGCAAAGUUUCUCUCGUUUGACGUGGACGACGUCGUGGACGCAGUCGUAUUCCUCACGACCGAGUUCCAGCCAAACGCCAACUUUUCCUUCGACGCGAUGGAACCUCGUGUCCGCGACCCUGUCAUGCUCUUCUUCUUGCUGCACGCGAGCAUAGAUACAGACGCUGGCAAGAUGCACCGGUCGCUCGUCUGCAAGCACAACCGAACGCUGUCCAAAACAUGGCGGCAUUCCAAUCUGUCGGGACCCGCGUGCGCCUGCCGCAUGUGCAAGCACGUCCAUCCCAUUCAAUAGACCUAACUUAUCAUGUACCAUACAAUUCCUUUUCGU